AUGGCUCCUGAGCCGCGGCGUGGCCUGAAUGUAGCAUUCGAGACCAUUUCGCGGAGGACUCUGCAGUAUGAGCAGGAUAUCCAGGAUUUCGAGAGUAGACUGGCUAUUAACCUGAGCAACUCGCGUGCCAUCAGCACACUUCUGCACGAAUCACAGUCUGCUGUGAAGGAAUUAGUGCAGCACUAUCAGCAGAAAGCAGACUCUGCUCUGGAGUCCACUUUGCCACAUAUCGAACAGUCCCUCUCGGAAGACAUCAAUUCGCUUGAAUUUCUUGACGAGCACCUACCGCGGAUUGAAGAAGAGCUUGUUAGCAUCAGGCGCGUGUAUGACCGCGGACAGGACAAGGCAGUGGAACACAUCGCCGAGCUCGAAUGGCUCAACACCCCGCUCACAGCUCGUCUACGCAGAACAAUAUUCACCGCGUCCGCCCCAGUCAGCCCCCGGACCAAGGCACUACUGCGCAUGCUCUUCACGCUCGUGUUCUGCAUGGGCGUCUGGGUCGCCUGGAUCGCCCUUGAGGGUGCUGUCCGUGCUCAUCGUCAGCGCCUCGUCUGGGGUGAACGACUACUGAGCUGA